AUGACAACUAAGGCGGAAUUUCCCAAGGGCGAAUUUUACAUAAAGUCGGCUGCUUCUCCUUCGGGAGCUUCACUGACCUCCCCUGCUAACCAGAAUUAUGUCCUUGAUACGGAUAAAGGAUUUUUCUGGACAGCACCAAAGGACGGUACGAAAAUUGCAUUGCAAAAACAAAAAAGUGACACAGCUCACGACCCGGCUCAACUUUGGCGCUAUGAAGACGGCUGGAUUAUCAACAAGGCGCAUAGCUUUGUUCUUGAAGCAGAAAAUGGCAAAGUUGGUAAUCGUAUUAUUCUCUUCCACAAGAGAAGUGCCACUGCGGCGCAAAAUCAACGUUGGAAUAUCACCAAAGAUGGUUGGAUCACCUUGCAAAGUCAAAGUAAACACGUGUUGGAAGUGAAAGGAAACAGCGUAAAAGAAGGCUCCUCUGUCAUUCUUUCCGACUCUACUUCUAAAGGAUUCGGUAAAGAUAAGACAAGUAGCUGGAUUCUCGUGCCAAUUUUAGGAAAAAAAACAGUAGCUAAAGGUAAAUCUAUCGGUGUUAUUAGACUGGAAUUAGUGAAUGCUAGAGAUUUGAAAAAUGUGGAUUCUUGGGCCGGAGGAGGGAAAUCCGACCCUUAUGUCGUAGUUUAUGCACCGGGUACUAAAGAACCAAUCGUCAAAACGAAAACAAUUGAUAAUGAUUUGAAUCCUGUUUGGAAUGAAACAUUCUAUAUUCCCGUAACACACAUUGGUGAAAAAUUUACCAUUGAAGUAUUUGAUGAAAACACAUUGCAGAGAGACAAAACGCUUGGCACAUCAAUAUUCGAAGUUAAAACAGAACUUGUUAAAAAAUUACCAGAUGGAUCAUACCAAGGCAACGAAAAAGGAAUCGAUGCCUGGGUUAAUCUUACUGUCAAGGGUCAACUUCAUUAUAAAGCAAAAUUCUUCCCAUUAUCCUCUGGUCCCGCACCAGGACCAGAUUUCACAAAUAACCUCAAAAAUAAACCAUUCGACAUUAACAUUUUCUAUUCGCUUGUUACUCUCCAAUCUACAAAUGGCAGUUUCGAGCCAUCAGAAAAUUUAGCGAGAGUAUUCGGUUAUGAAUCUAAAGAACAACUUCUUGAUUUAUUCAGGUCGAAUGCUAAAAUUUCUAAUAACGAAGAACGUGUCUUAAAGACAAAACAAGCUUUAUGGACUACAAGUUUGGUUCUUUGGUUUUUACGAUAUUUGUUAAGAACUUAUCGUUCCGAAUGGUCAUCGUUGUACGAUCGUGCUGAGCAAUAUAUUAGUAAAGAAAUUAAUGGAGAUCUCGAACUCGAAGAGUCGAUUAUCAAAAUCGGAAGGGAAUCCGUUCGAAACAGAUUCGAAGUUAAUGUGCGCGAAGAAUAUAUUGUGAAGCUUGGUGUAACACGCCAAACCAUGACGGUUGAACAUGUUAAACAAUCAUUUAAACACCAAACUAAACUUGGCUCGUUUCUUCUCACCGACGAGCUUGCCAAAAUCCUUAAUUUCAAUAAUGCGGAUGUCCUCCGUAGCGAAAUCAGUUCCUAUAUUCAAAAAAGUUCAAAAAAUGCCAGAUUAACGAGUUUAGAAACGCAAGUUUGGGUCGCUACCCUGGUUCUCUAUUAUUAUCGUUAUGUGGCGGUGGAUCAUAAACAAGAAUGGAUCAUUCCGUAUGAAAUCACUUACACUUGGCUUUGGGGUCAAUUUAAAGGCAAAGAAACGCUUGAACAGGAAGCUUUCACACUUAUUAAAUCAUACGCUAAAGAGUAUUAUAAAGUCCAAGAUGAUGCUUUGGAAUUGGAUGAAAAAUUCGAAGCUGAAUUUCAUGAAACUAGAAUUGCGAUUCAUGCUGGACGACGUAUAGAUCGUGAUGGUAAACUUUUAUCGAUCCCAAAACCGUUGGGUAUCGCACGUAUUCAUAUUGAUUGCGCCAAGAAACUUCGUGCUGCUGAUUCUUGGUUGACCGGUGGUGCUUCUGAUCCUUAUCUCAUUAUCACCGAUUUAACUUCCGGUUGGCAAUAUGGUGAAACGCGCGUUAUAUAUAAUGACUUGAAUCCCAAAUGGGAUCAAGUUUUCUUUAUUCCUGUCUACGAUAUCAGUCAAAAGUACCAAAUAGUCGUCAAUGACUACAACGCCUUCUUCAAACAUGAACUUUUGGGUAGUUAUGUGUUAGAUGCGAAAGACAUUAUCAUUCGUCGUGCCGAUGGUACUAUUAAAGGGAAGAGGUUUGAUCAUUGGGCUAAAUUGUUCUAUAAGAAAACACAAAAAGGUCAAUUGCAUUUCACCGCCGAUUUCUUCCCCUCUGUUGACUUCGAUAGCUCUGAAAAAAUUGACAUUUCCCAAAGCUCAGUUCAAUUGAGUCAUCUUCAUAUUAUCAUCUCUCUUCAGAAGCAAGAUGGAUCUUUUGAAUUUAGUGAAAGUAUCGCAAAGUUAUUCAAUUUCUCCAGUUCCCAGGAAUUAAUUGAAUCUUACCAAUAUUUUAUUCAAAACGACUCUCAACUUGUCACCUUAAAUAAUAACGUUUUGACCACUGUGCUUAUCACUUCGCUCCUCAAAGUUCUUUUUUGGAAACACAGAGCAGAAUGGACAGCAUUUUAUUUAAAAAGUGAAUCUUGGUUAAGUGAGAAAAUCAACAAUGUUACAAUCGAAGACAAAUUAUACGCGUACUCUAAUAGAUAUGUAUUAGAACGGUUCAAUAUUAGCGCUUUUGAAAGUGAAGAGCACAAAUCUAGUUUAAAUACAACAGUUACAAGAACCAUCAUUAAAUAUACGCGUACUACUAUUACCGAUGUGCGUAUUGUACGUCGUAUCACCUCUUACCAAAGGGAACAUGGCGCAUUUGAACUUGAUACAGAAUUGGCUGAAUCACUUGGCUUUAAUUCAGUCGAGGAAGCUAAUCAACACAUUUCUGGACAUUUCUCUUCUUAUUCUAAAGUCUACCAAGUUAAUAUUAAUGUUUGGACUACUGCCGUGUUACUUUGGUAUCUUCGUUAUGUUCUAGUCGACUAUCGCGUUGAAUGGGUCGACAAAUAUACUAAAUCAUCAACAUGGCUCACUGAAAAUAUCAAAAACGCAGAGAUCGAAAAAGAAGUUUAUGAAGCUGCGAGAUCUUAUGUCAUCAACCGAUAUGAAGUCGAUGAGACGUCUAUCAGCGAAGAUAAAUCGUUCGAAAAGACUUUGACGUUGAGCGCAGAUAAGAGUAUUGUACCAGAAACUGAGGCAGACACCAACUUAAUAGAGUAUGGUGUUGAUGAGGUUAUCGGUCUAGUCAAAAUUAAAAUUGAUCGUGCUACAGAAGUUAAGAAAGCAAGCUUCAUCAGCGGUGGACAUACAGAUCCUUAUGUGAAGAUUCUUGAUGAGAGUUCAAAAGAAAUUGCUCGCACAAAAACAGUUAAUUCAACCACAGAUCCUGUUUGGGAAGAAGUUCAUUUCGUUCCAAUUCAUCGUGUUGGCGAAAAAAUUUCACUUGAAAUUCUAGAUUCUAAUUUGUUUUUGUCCGAUUCUGUACUCGGUUACUUGACCAUUGACACCACUGACUUGGUAAUCCAGGUUGAUGAAGGAAAGUUUGAAAGUUUGAAUCCCGUGGAUAAAUGGGAAAGUAUUUUACUCGCUUCCGGUCAAGGUGCACAAGGUGAAUUGCAUUAUGAAGCGCAAUUCUACUCGACUGGCUUUACAUGGGAAGAAGAUUUCACAUUCAAAAAACAAACAGUAAAUAUUCGUCACCUUUACACCCUAAUCAGCUGGCGAGCAAGUCAUGGCGCAUUCGAGUUCUCGAAUAACUUGGCACAUUAUUUCAACUUCAAAUCUGAGAACGAUUUCUUUGACGAUUUUAAGACACAUGUGACACAUAACGAACGCUUGCUUGCUUUGGAUAUUUCUGUAUGGUCGACUGCACUCGUCAUCACAUACGUGAAAUUAUUAUUCUGGGAACACAAUAGUGAAUGGAGUAAUGUUGUUGAAAAUAGUGAAAAUUGGCUGGCUCAACAAGUUUAUGAUGUGGAGCUCGAAGACCAAUUAUACGAGAUUACUAAAAAAUACGUCAUUAGACACAUCACUAAAAUUACCCGAAAGAUUAUUAAUAUUCGCCAUGUUAAUCGCAUCAAGUCUUAUCAAUCUGCUGAAGGAUUUUUUUCCUUGGAACAACAUACUGCUGAAUUCUUCGGUUACAAAAGUUCUGAAGAGUUCUCAACUCACCUCAAGAGUUACUUCAAGUCCGAACACUUGUCACAGACACACAUCAAUGUUUUGGUCACCACAGUCAGUAUUUAUUAUUUGAGAUUGGUUGCCGGUGAUUACCGUAACGAUUGGGUGACGCAAUACGAAAAGUCUUCGGAAUGGUUAAAACUCCAAUUCAAAGGAGAUACACAAUUUGAAAAGGAAAUCCACGAAAGCGCCAAAAAAUUUGUUAUCGAAAAUUAUCAAGUUGAAAAGGAACAUUUCGAGGCUGAUGUUAGUUUCAUAUCUGGCAUUGAAACAAAGAAAGAACAAAUUGAGCUCGAAGAGGAUGAUAGUUCCACUGAGAUAGUAGAAAAGAAACAAACGAUAUCAGAUUACACUGAAGAACAAAGAACUGCUCUUAUUGCUAUUCAAACAUCACAUACCGUCGAAAAGACUCAAUCCAUUUUGACCUAUUUCAGGAAAGAUGGUCAUUUCGAAUUGAGUGAUUUAGUAUCCAAAAAACUCGAGGUCACUUCCCAUACAUUGAUCUCGUCUAUUCAUUCGUACGGUGUUAGUGAAACAAUUAAGACUUCGAUUGAUGAAACUGUGUGGACUACGGCAGUCACUCUUAAUUACCUCAAGAUUGCUGUCGCACAUCACGAAGCCUAUUGGAAACAACAGUAUGAAUCUUCAUUUAAUUGGUUGCAUGAAAAAAUUAACGAUACUGAAGUUGAAAAAGAGGUUUUGGAAGUUUCGCGUCGAUUCGUUAUUGAACGUUCGACAACAAGAGUAAUUCGCAAGCAAUCACAAACUACUGUAAUUCGAAUUCAAACAGCUCAUACAGUCGAAAAGACCCAAACCAUUGUCGCAUCACAUAAACAAGAAGGUCAUUUCGAAUUAAAUCAUGUGAUCGUUAAAAAACUUGAAAUAUCUUCUGAAAAAUUGGUUUCUUCAAUUCACUCUAUUGGUGUCAGCGAACGCAUCAAGUCAAUUACACACGAAGCAAUAUGGUCUACUGCUAUCACCCUUAAUUAUCUAAAGAUUUCUGCUACACACCAUGAACAAAUCUGGAAGGAGAAAUACGAACAUGCCAAUAAAUGGUUAAGCACGCAAAUUAAAAACGCAGAGAUCGAAAAAGAAGUAUUAGAAACUUCUUACAAAUAUAUUAUCGUUAGAGCAACUCAAAAAAUUGUCCGUAAACAACGUGCCGCUGCUAUUAUUCAUUUGGAAUCGAAAACCACCGUAGAAACCACUCAAACAAUCAUUUCUUCACAAAAAACCGAAGGAUACUUCACAUUCAAUAAAGUAAUCUCGAAAAGACUUGAAGUCACUUCUUCGGAGAACUUAAUUUCCUCUAUCCACUCGUAUGGAGUCAGUGAAGAAUUAAAGAAUUCAGCUCAAGCCAGCUGGUGGACAACUGCAGUGACCUUAAGCUAUCUCCAAUUAUCUGCAGCUCGUCAUGAAACUCACUGGCAAACGAGCUACGAAAAAGCAAGAAAAUGGCUAAGUCUCCAAAUUAACAAUGCAAAAUUAGAAACUGAAUUAAUUGAAGUCUCUAGUAAAUAUGUAUUGGAGAAGGCCACCCAUAGAGUAAUUCGAAACCAAAGAAAAUCUGAGAAGCAAACCUCGCUUACUUAUCUUCAAUCAAAAACGACCAUUGAAACUACAAAAUCUGUCAUUUCCUCUCAGAAAGAAAAUGGAUCAAUUGAAUUGAGUAAUGUGGUUUCCGAGCAUCUCGAAGUAUCGUCCGAGACUUUAAUCACUACUGCUCAGACUUAUGCAGUCAGCGAGAAGCUCAAAAAAUCUACCAAUGUCUCAUGGUGGUCAACCGCCAUUUCGCUCAGUUAUCUUCAAAUCACCUCCUCCUCUUAUGAGGCUCAUUGGAGGGAAAAAUAUCAGAUCGCUAGAAAAUAUUUGAGUGAACAAAUCCAAGAUGUCAGAUUGGAAGAGGAAAUAUUGAAAGCAUCUUAUAAAUUAGUAAUCGAAAAAACAACGCAGAGAGUUACCCGUAAACGCCAAAUAAAAGCUAAACUGGAUUCUUUAGUCUACGUUCAAAAUAAAACAUCUCUCGAAACAGUUCAAUCUAUUACUACAACGCAAAAACAAGACGGAUCUUUCGGACUGAGCGAAGUGAUUUCAAAGAAUCUUCAAGUCUCUUCGCAAUCUUUGGUAUCAUCCGUCAAGACUUAUACUUUGAAUGAGGAAUUGAAAAAAUCCACCCAAGUUUCUUGGUGGACAACAGCUGUGACUCUUAACUACUUAAAGAUCCACGCUGUUACUCAUGUAGCACACUACAAAGAGCAGUACGAGCGUGCACGUGCUUACCUUAGUGCACAAAUCAAGAACGCAAUUAUCGAAGAAGAAAUUAUCCGGGCCUCCUAUAAAUUCGUGUCAACAAAGAUUACUCGCACCGUAUCGUAUAAGUUGAAGCAAGAACAACAUAACGCAGCGCUUAUUCACUUACAAUCAAAAACUACUCUGGAGGCUACUCAAAGUGUUACAUCGACUCAAAAGUCUGACGGAUCUUUCGAAUUGAGUGAGCAUCUUUCGAAGACACUUAAUAUUUCUUCUUCAGAAACUUUAGUUACAUCUAUUCGCUCGUAUUCUGUAAGCGAAAGACUCAGGAAAACUGCCAAAGCAUCGUGGUGGACUACUGCUGCCACUAUUAGCUAUCUUCAAUAUCACGCCUCAGCACAUGAAGAACACUGGCGUGUUAAAUAUGAGGCCGCUCGUAAAUAUCUUAGUAGUGAAAUUCAUGAUGCUCAACUUGAAGCAGAAAUCUUGAAAGCUUCCGCCAAAUUUGUCUUGCAGAGAAGUACUUAUCAAGUGAUCCGUAAACAAAGAAAGGUUGCCAAGCGUACCGCACAAAUUCAUAUUCAAUCAAAAACUACCAUCGAAUCCACUCAAACUAUUGUCUCUUCUCAAAAAUCCGAUGGUUCCUUCGAAUUGAGCAAGGUAAUCUCUGAAAAUCUCGAAGUCACCUCAUCUGAAACAUUAGUCACUUCGGUACAAAAAUAUGCAUUAAGCGAGAGAUUAAAGAAAACUGCCAAGGCUUCCUGGUGGACAACUGCCGUUAGCAUUAGCUACCUUCAAUAUUAUGCCUCAGUGCACGAAGAGCAUUGGCGUGAAAAGUAUGAGGCCGCUCGUAAAUACCUUAGUCAAGAGAUUAAAGAUGUUAAACUCGAGGAAGAAAUUCUUCGUACAUCUACUAAAUUUAUCGUACAAAAGACCACACAUAAAGUUACCCGUGCGCUAAAGAAAGAAGAAAAACGCACUGCAUUGAUAACUGUUCAAGAAAAGACUACGACUGAAGUCACCCAACAAGUUCUCUCAAUUCAAAAACAAGAUGGAUCCUUUGAACUUUCUAAAGUGAUCCAAAAGGAACUUGAUAUUUCCACUUCGCAAACUUUGUUGAGCUCUGUACAAAAAUACACUUACAGCGAAAGGCUCAAGAGAACUGCCAAGGCUUCUUGGUGGACAACUGCCGUCACCAUUAAUUAUCUUCAAUAUUACGCCACAGCUCAUGAAGAACACUGGCGUAAUAAAUAUGAAGCCGCCCGACAAUAUCUUAGCCAUGAAAUUCAAGAUGUUAAACUCGAAGAAGAAAUUCUGCGCGCAUCUUCGAAAUAUGUUCUUCAAAAGACUACAUACAAAGUUGUUCGUAAACAACAGAAAACUGCUAAACGAAUCGCUUUAUUGCAUAUUCAAUCAAAUACAACUUUGGAUAUGACAAAAUCAGUUCUUUCUACCCAAAAACAAGAUGGUUCAUUUGCAUUGCACGAAACAAUCUUAAAGGAACUUGAAGUAUCCUCCACGUCUUUGUUAACCUCAGUUCAAAGAUACACAUAUAGCCAGCAUUUGAAGCGAUAUUCACAAGAAUCAUGGUGGACAACUGCUAUCACUAUCAGCUAUCUUCAGUAUCAUGCCUCCGCUCAUGAGGAACACUGGAAAGAGAAGUACGAAGCUGCUCGUAAAUAUCUUAGUGAACAAAUACAUGACGCUAAACUCGAGGAAGCAAUCAUCAAAGCUUCUACAAAAUUGGUAGUUGAACGAUCCACCACUAAAGUUAUCCGAGAGCAAAAACAUGAAGAUCAACGUUAUGCUCUCGCCGCCAUUCAGACAAAGACUACUAUUGAAACAACUAAAUCAGUGGUAUCUUCGCAAAAUACAGAUGGGUCAUUCAAAUUGAGUCAAGUUGUCGCGCAGGAUUUGAAUAUUUCCUCUUCGGAGACUUUGAUCACAUCUGUAAAGAAAUAUUCUGUUAGUCGAAAAUUGAAGACUACCAUUAAGGCUUCUUGUUGGACAACUGCAGUCACGAUUGCCUACUUACAAACAACUGCCGCUGCUCAGGAGGAACACUGGAAAGAGAAAUACGAAUCCGCUCGCAAAUAUCUUAGUGCACAAAUCAACGACACCAAAUUAGAAGAAGAAAUCUUGCAAGUCUCGAAGAGAUUCGUAGUCGAAAAGACCACUUACAAGUUGGUUAGAAGACACAAGAAAACUAUUAAAGAAGCUGCUAAAAUUAAUGUUGCAUCUAAUGUUUCAAUAGAAACUACACAGGAAGUUAUAACGGCUCAAAAAGAGGAUGGUUCGUUUGAAGCUCAUUCAACAAUCUUGAAACACUUCAAUUUCUUCUCCUCUCAUACUCUGAUCACCGCUGCACAGAAAUAUACAUCCAGUGAAAAACUCAGGAAAUCUGCCAAAGCUUCAUGGUGGACCACUGCAAUCACCAUCAGUUAUCUCACCACUACUGCUUCUGCUCAUAAAGAUCACUGGGAGGCUAAAUAUAACCAAGCCAGAAAAUAUCUUCACGAACAAAUUAAUGACAUCAGACUAGAAGAAGAAAUUCUUAAAGCUUCCAAUAAAUUUGUAGUCGAUAAAGUUACUCAUAAAGUCAUCAGAGAAGAGAAUGUCCAUGCAUCGCAAAAAAUUCAGACGAUCACAUCGAGCGACGAGGCGAAAGCAGUUGUGUCUACUCAGAAACAUGACGGGUCAUUUGAAUUGAGUCAAGAAGUUGCGAAAACACUCCAAGUCACUUCUACAGAAAGUUUAAUCGCGUCUAUUAAAGUUUAUGCCAGCGAAAAUCUCAAAAAAACCUCUCAAAAUUCUUGGUGGACAACUGCAGUUACUAUUUCAUACCUUCAAAACACUGCAACAGAACAUGAUUCCGUAUGGCAAACUAAGUAUGAUGAAGCUUGCAAAUAUUUGAAGACUCAAAUUAACGAUACUAAACUAGAAGAAGAAAUUUUGCAAGUGUCCAAUAAAUAUGUAGUUGAAAAAACAUCUCAUCAAUCUCUUGUUCAAAAAGCUCAACAGUCUAUUGUUACUCAUAAAAAUAAAGACAUAACUGUCGAUAGAACAACUUCUAUCAUUUCCUUGCAAAAGGAAGAUGGUUCAUUUGAACUUCAUGAAUCCAUAACAUCAGAUCUUCACAUUACCAAAGUUGAAUCAAUCAUCGAAUCAGUUCAUGUCACCGAUAAACGUGCCACUCAACUCGAUAUUUCCGUAUGGAAGACUGCAAUCACUAUUGCCUAUUUCCGAAAUGUACUAAAACAUCAUGAAACUAAUUGGCAAGCACAAUACCAAUCAGCACGUCAAUAUUUAAGCAAGCGUAUUAAUGAUUCUGCUUUGGAGCAAGAAGUGAUUGAAGCAUCCGAAAAAUAUGUCGUCGAACGCGUGAGCAAUAAAACAAUAGAAAAAACAACAAAGGAAGAUUCGGUUUUCAACAAAUUGACUGGGGUUGCUAAAGUUUUAGGCGGAGGUGUUGCAAUUGGUGGGGUUGUCGCUGGAAUUACACACCUUGCAGAUAAAUAUCAUGAAGAAAAACAACGUACCGAUACUUACAUUUGGCAUUCAAAAUUCACUGCUGAAGAACGUCAAACUGCAAUUGUUGCUUUUCAAACUUCCCAUACAGCUGAAAAAACUCAAUCGAUUCUAUCUUACCAAAAGACUGAGGGCCAUUUCGAAUUGAGCCAAACUGUUUCCAAGAAACUCGAAGUCUCAUCCAAGACUCUUGUUUCUUCAAUUCAUUCGUAUGGAGUAAGUGAACGCGUAAAAUCCACCGUCGACGAAUCAGUUUGGACAACCGCAGUCACGUUAAGUUACCUAAAAAUUGCCGCUUCUCAUCAUGAAGCUCACUGGAAAGAACAAUACGAUCGUUCUUAUAAAUGGUUGCAACAACGAAUCAACAAUGCUGAAAUCGAAAAAGAAGUUUUGGAAAGUUCUCAACGAUUUGUUCUUGAAAAAAUCACAACCAAAGUUAUACACAAACAAACAAGUGCGACAGUUAUUACUCUUCAAACUUCCCACACGACCGAAAAGACUCGAUCAAUCUUAUCUUCCUAUAAUACCGAGGGUCAUUUCGAAUUGAACGAGACUAUUUCAAAGAAACUUGAUGUUUCCUCGGAAACUUUCGUUUCAUCAAUUCAUUCAUACGUUGUUAGCGAAAGUCUAAAAACUUCAGUAAAAGAAGCUUGCUGGAAGACUGCUGUCACUCUUAGUUAUCUCAAGAUUGCUGCCUCGAAACAAGAGUCGGAAUGGAGAGAGAAAUACGAACGCGCAAGUAAAUGGUUGAGUCUUCAAAUUCACGACGCUGAAAUCGAAAAACAAGUUCUCGAAACGUCUUACCGAUAUGUCGUUGCUCGCGCCACUCAAAAGAUUGUUCGUAAACAGAGGCAAACGGCAAUUAUUUAUCUUGAAUCUAAAACAACCCGUGAAACUACACAAUCCAUCGUCUCAUCUCAAAAGACUGACGGAUCAUUUGAAUUCCAUGAAACUAUCUCGAAACAUCUCGACAUUAUGUCGUCUUCAUCAUUAGUAACAUCAAUUCAUUCAUAUGGACUGAGCGAACGUUUGAAGACAUCCGCUCAAGUUUCUUGGUGGACUACUGCUGUUACCCUCAACUAUUUUAAGAUUGCUGCUUCUCGUCACGAGACGGAAUGGGUGAAGAAAUAUGAAGCUUCAAGAAAAUGGUUAAGUAAUCAAAUUAAAGAUGAAAAAGUCGAAGCGGAACUUUUAGAAAUCUCCCACCGUUUUGUUCUCGAGAGGCUCAGUACUCGAGUUAUCAGGAAACAAAAAGUUGUCCGAAAAAGGGAAGCUUUAACUUACCUUCAAUCAAAGACUACUAUCAGUACAUCACAAUCAAUAAUCUCCCAACAAAAACAAGACGGGUCAUUCGAGUUAAGUCAAAUAAUUGCUGAACAUCUUGAGGUUUCCAAAGCAACCAUUGUCACAUCAGCUCGAUCCUAUGCUGUUAGUGAAAGAUUAAGGAAAUCUACUGAAGUUGAUUGGUGGGUUACUGCUGUUGCGAUCAAUUAUCUUCAAAUUACCUCCUCGUCCUAUGAAUCUCAUUGGAGAGCGAAAUACGAGAACGCAAGAAGAUAUCUUAGUACACAAAUCAAAAAUGUCGAAUUUGAAGAAGAAAUUCUCAAAGCUUCUCGUAAAUUUGUCUUGGAAAAGAUCACUUAUAAAGUCACCUAUAAGAAAUCAAAGAGUGAAAAACGCCGGGCUUUAACUGCUCUUCAAUCUGAAACGACAAUUAAUACAACUCAAUCGGUCAUUUCCACUCAACAACAAAAUGGAUCUUUCGAAUUCAAUCAGACGCUCUCUCAAGAGCUCGAUAUUUCAUCCUCAGAGACUUUGGUUGCUUCUGUGCAAUCAUAUGGUGUUAGCGAGAAGCUGAGACGAUCAGCAAAAGAAUCAUGGUAUACUACAGCCGUCACUCUCAGUUACCUCAAAUUCAAUGCUUCUGCACAUGAGGAGCAUUGGAAAGAGAAAUACGAAACCGCACGUAAAUAUCUUCAUGAACAGAUAAAGGAUACAAAAUUAGAAGAAGAAAUCUUAAAAGUUUCCUCAAAGCUUGUUGUACAUCGAACUACAUAUAAAGUAAUCCGUCGACAAAAGAAGAUUGCUAAGCAAACCGCUGUCGUUGCUAUUCAGUCAAAGACAACUAUCGAAUCAACUAAACAAGUCAUUUCUGAACAAAAGACCGACGGUUCAUUUGAAUUCAGUGAAGUGAUAUCACGUGAACUUGAUGUAUCUUCCGAAUCACUUGUUACUUCCGUCAGAUCUUAUGCUGUAAGCGAAAGACUCAAGAAAUCAACUCAAACUGCUUGGUGGACUACUGCAGUCACGCUUAGUUAUUUACAAUAUCACGCUUCAGCUCACGAAGAACACUGGAAAGAGCAAUCCGAAUCCGCUCGUAAAUAUCUUCACAAACAGAUAAAUGACACAAAAUUGGAAGAAGAAAUCCUCUUGGCAUCUCGUAAAUUCGUCGUAAAAAAGACCACUUACAAUGUUGUCAAGCGACAAAAGAAGGAAGAAAAGAGAACCGCUUUACUUGCAGUUCAAACAAAGACAACUGUCGAGACUACUAAAGCUGUUCUUUCAGCACAACAAAAGGAUGUCAAACAUUAUGCAUUAAGCGAGAGGUUGAGGAAAUCAACUCAGACUGCUUGGUGGACUACAGCUGUCACGCUUGGCUAUCUUAAAUAUAAUGCAUCAGCUCAUGAAGAACACUGGAAAGAAAAAUAUGAAGCUGCCCGUAAAUAUCUUAGCAUACAAAUUCAUGACGCUAAAUUAGAAGAAGAAAUUAUUCAAGCCUCUUCUAAAUUUGUUAUUGAAAGAUCAACCCAUAAAGUCAUCAAAGAACAAAAAUCAUAUGAGCAGCGAGCUGCUCUUGCCGCUAUUCAUUCCAAGACUACCUUUGAAGUCACAAAGUCUAUCAUCUCGACACAAAAAACAGACGGUUCUUUCGAACUAAGUCAAGAAAUUUCUAAAGAACUCGAUGUCUCUUCAUCUCACACUUUGGUUUCCGCAGUUAAAUCAUAUGCUGCUAGCGAAAAACUCAAGUCAGCACACGCUUCUUGGUGGACAACUGCUAUUACUAUCAGUUAUUUGGAGACCACAGCUGUCACCCAUCAAGAACACUGGAAACAAAAUUAUGAUUUGGCUCGUAAAUAUCUCAGUCAACAAAUCAAAGAUGUCAAAUUAGAAGAGGAAAUAUUGCAAGCUUCUCGCAAAUUCGUUGUCGAAAAAACCACUUAUAAAGUACGAAUAACUGAAAAUAUCAAUCAACAACAAGCUGCACGUCUUGCAAUCCAAUCCCGAACCAAUGUCGGUACUGUUAAACAAGUUAUAUCGACUCAGAAGGCGAAUGGAUCUUUUGAAUUGCAUAAAACUAUCUCAAAAGUCCUUGAAGUUUCCUCUACAGAUGCCCUGGUCUCUUCUGCCCGAAGAUACGCAGUUAGCGAAAGGCUAAAGAAUACUGCAAAAGCAUCCUGGUGGACUACUGCUAUCACAUUAAGUUAUCUGAAAACUACUUCCUUGGAAGAUAGAGAAUGGAAGGAAAAAUAUGAUCGAGCUAGACAAUACCUCCGAGAAGAGAUUAAGGAUUCUAGAUUGGAAGAAGAAAUUUUAGCAGCAUCAAAUGAAUAUAUUCUCGCAAAAACUACGCAUAAAAUUGUCACCGAGCAGAAAGAAAUUGCUGCUGAAACAAUCAAAACGCAUGUCGAUAUCGACAAAACUCAGAAAAUCGUAUCCACUCAAAAAGGUGAUGGAUCAUUUGAAUUGAGCGAAGAGAUCAAAAAAGAACUCGCUAUUUCUUCUUCAGCUUCUCUAGUUGCUUCUGUUCAAACUCAUUCUGUCAGCGAAAAACUAAAGAAGAAGAAAGUAGAUCAUUCUGUCUGGAUUACGGCUAUUACUCUUAGUUACUUGAAAAUAACUGCAUCUAGUCAUGAAUCUGAAUGGACCGAAAAAUACGAGCGUGCUAAGCAAUAUUUAAGUGCUCAAAUUGGCGAUGCAGAACUCGAAAAAGAAAUCUUUGAAAUUACCCACAAAUAUGUAGUUGAGAAGGCAACACAUAAAUUAGUAAACGAAAAAACUAAAGAACUUAUCGUGGCGGGUGCCAGCAAAGAUGUUGAUGUGCAAAAAGUUCAACAAAUCACCGCCACUCAACGCAGUGAUGGUUCAUUUGAACUUCACAAGAGUAUUACAGAACAUCUCCAGAUUGUGGAAACCGAUUCCAUUAUCACAUCUAUCCAAGAAUAUGUUAAAGAUAAGCGUGCUGCUAAACUUGAUAUUUCGAUAUGGAAGACUGCGAUCACUAUUGCAUAUUUCCAAAAGGCGCUAAAACAUCAUGAAUCUCAUUGGCGAAAACAAUACCAAUCAGCUCGUCAAUAUUUAAGUCAACGUAUUAAUGAUUCAGUUUUGGAACAAGUAGUAAUUGAAACAUCUGAAAGAUAUGUCGUCGAACAAGUCACUAAAACUCACGUCUCCAAAACUCACAAAAGGACCGAUUCUGCGGCCGACAUCGCUAAACAAGAUCAUGCGAUCGAGACAAAAAAGGAUGAAGGUAAAUCUUGGAUAUCGAAGAGUGCUGUUCUUGGAAUAGCUGCAGUUACAGGAACGAUUGGUGCACUUGCAUGGCAGUCGAAGAAAGAGCAAGAAGAGGCUCUCGAAAAAGUCAAAUCAAAAACAACUGCAGAAUCGUCAAAAACCGUGGUUUCUUCGCAAAAAGAAGAUGGCUCUAUCGAAUUAAAUCAUGUUAUUGCCAAAGAACUAAACAUUACAUCUUCCGAAUCUUUGGUGGCAUCGAUUAGCAACUACCAUAUCAGUGAAACAUUAAAGAGAUCUGCCAAAACUUCCUGGUGGACAACCUCAGUCACUCUCGCUUAUCUGGAACACACUUCUUCUGCUCAUGAUGCCGUAUGGAAGGAGCAAUAUCAGCGGGCAAUUAAUUAUCUUGAUACCGAAAUAAAAGAUCAAAAAUUGAGAGAAGAAAUCAUUCGUGUUUCUAAUCAAUACUUUAGAGAAAAAGUCACUCAAAAACACGUGACCAUUAAUGCGAUCAAUUCAGAACAAGUGCAGAAACGUGUAAUCGAGGAACACGCAAAAAAGACUACUGGUGAUACCGUUCACACUAUCGUUUCAUCCCAUAAAACAACCGACGGAGCAUUUGAAUUGAGUAAUGUGAUCGCCGAAGAAUUUGAGAUUACUUCCACUGAAAAUUUGAUCUCUUCUAUCAACGAAUAUCAUGAAGUUAGCGAAACUCUUAAAAAGUCAUCCAAAGCUUCCUGGUGGACAACUGCUGUUACUAUUGCUUAUCUGAAAAAUGUUGCUACUGAACACGAUGCUGUUUGGAAAGUCAAAUACGAAGAAGCUCGCAAAUUCCUCACCACUGAAAUCAAUGACACUAAAUUAGUGGAAGAAAUCUUAUUGGUGUCUGAUACAUAUGUUAAAAAGAAGUUGACACAAAAAACAGUCGAGGAAGUUGUUCAAAAGGCACAAGAAGAACAUCUUACCGUAGUCAAAUCAAAGAAAGUUGGACAAGAAAAAGCAGUUAAAAAGGAGGAAAAUAAACAUAGUAUUGUGGAUAAUCACUCGAAAGUUGCUGCUGGUAUUGGAUUAAUUGCAGCUGGCGGAGCCGUGUUAUGGAAACACGAACAGAAGCAAAAAGAAGCAAUCGAAAAAGUUAAAUCUAAGACAACUGUCGAUACCACAAAAACUAUUAUCUCGUCACAGAAAACGGAUGGCUCAUUUGAAUUGAGUAACGUUAUAUCCGAACAUCUUGAUGUUACUUCCACAGAAACUCUUGUGGAAUCAAUUCACCACUAUGACAUUAGCGAGAAACUCAAAAAUUUGGCAGUGUCUUCAUGGUGGACAACUGCAGUUACAUUGGCCUAUCUUAAAAAGACUUCUUGGGAUCAUAGCUCUCUUUGGAAAUCUAAAUAUGAUGAAGCUCGUAAAUAUCUUCAUCGUGAAAUCAAUGAUACGAAAUUAGAAGAGGAAAUUUUAAAGAUUUCUGAGACUUAUGUCGUGGAAAAAGUGACCCAAACAGUUACUAUUGAAGAGACUGCAGUAGACAAAAAAGCUCAAAAAACAGUAAUUGAAGAAGUCGCUAAAAAGACAACUGUUGAUACCACCCACUCUAUUGUUUCUUCUCAUACAUCCGAAGGCUCCUUCGAGUUGAGCCAAGAGAUCUCGAAACGCCUUAAUGUUUCUUCAUCUGAAACUCUAGUUUCUUCUAUUUAUCAACAUCAUCAAGUAAGCGAGACUCUUAAAAAGACCUCCAAGACUUCCUGGUGGACAACAGCCGUCACUAUCUCAUAUCUUCAACAUGUUGCUACAGCUCAUGACUCAGUAUGGAAAACCAAAUAUGAUGAAGCUCGCAAAUAUCUCACUACUCAAAUUAACGACGCUAAAUUAGAAGAAGAAAUCUUGCAAGUUUCGAAUAAAUAUGUCGUCGAAAAAGUCACUAAAACUGCUAUUUCACAUACCGCAAAAACAGUUCAUAAAGAGCAUUUGGAAGAAGAAAAGAAAGAAAAGAAAGGUUAUUUCUCUUUGGAGAACGUUUCUAAAGCUGCUGCCGGUCUUGGUUUAGUAGCUGCAGUUGGUGGCGCCGCUUUUUGGAAACAUGAACAGAAACAAAAAGAAGCCAUAAAACAAGUUAGAGAAAAAACUACUGUCGAUACUAUAAAAUCCAUUGUUUCCUCUCAGAAGGCGGACGGUUCCUUUGAAUUAAAUCAAGUCGUUUCCAAGAAACUCAACGUUUCUUCUUCUGAAUCCCUUGUUGAAUCGAUUCGUCAUUACGAUGUCAGUGAGAAACUUAAAAAAUCCGCUAAAACUUCGUGGUGGACAACUGCAGUUACUAUUUCCUAUCUCAAACAAACAUCAGUGCAUACAGCAGAAUGGCAAGCGCAAUACGAAGCUGCACACAAAUAUCUUCGCCAAGAAAUCAAUGACUCUCAAUUAGAAGAGGAAAUUCUCAAGAUUUCCGAAACAUAUGUAGUCGAAAAAGUAACACAGAAAUUUAUUGUUAAAGAAACCGCCGUAUCAAAAGAAGCUCAAAAAGCAGUCAUCGAAAAUCUCUCCUCGAAAACAAAAGUUGAAGAUACUCAAACCAUAAUUUCCUCCCAGAAAACCGAUGGAUCUUUUGAAUUAAGCAGCGUUAUGUUGAAGGAUCUUAAUGUUUCUUCUUCUGAAACUUUAAUUGCUUCGAUCCAAAAACAAAAAAUUAGCGAAUCUCUUAAAAAAUCGGCCAAAUCAGAUUGGUGGAUAACUGCUCUCACUAUUGCUUACCUUCAAAACACAGCUUCCACUCAUGACGCCAUAUGGAAAGCUAAAUAUGAUCAAGCUCUACAAUAUCUAAGGAAGCAAAUUAAUGAUAAGAAAUUAGAAGAUGAAAUUUUACAUGUCUCUAACGAAUUCGUAGUUAAGAAAAUCACCAAAAAAGUUGUUACUGAGACUGCUGUCGAAGUUCACCAAGAACAGCAAACCGAAGAAAAGAAGAAUAGCAUAUUCAAUUUGUCUAAUCUAGCUAAGACUGGUGUUGGCCUUGGUUUAGCUAUUGGUGGAUUUGCUCUCUGGAAGUCUCACGAUAAACAAGAGGCUGCCAUUAAUGAAAUCAAAUCACAAACUACAGAAAAUACUACGAAAGUCAUUACCUCUUAUCAAAAGACUGAUGGAUCCUUCGAACUUGGUAAAGAGAUAUCCGAAAAACUCGAUAUCUCGUCAUCUGAGACAUUAGUCAGCUCUAUUUACACAUACGAAGUUAGCGACCAUUUGAAACAAAAUGCUAAAAGUUCAUGGUGGACAACUGCAGUAACUAUUUCCUAUUUGAAACAAACUGCAUCUCAUCACGAAUUUCAGUGGAAGCUUAAAUAUGAAGAAGCUCUUAGAUACUUACACCAACAAAUCAAUGAUGUAAAAUUAGAAGAAGAAAUCCUCAAAGUUUCCGAGACCUAUGUUGUAGAACGCGUCACUCAAAAAGUAGUAAUCAAAGAAGCAGUAAAAAACAAAGAGACACAGAAAACUGUAUUGGAAGAAAUCAAGAAAAAGACUACUAUUGAUACCACUAAAACAAUUGUUUCUUCCCAGCAUUCAAACGGAUCCUUCGAAUUUAAUAAAGUAAUUUCCCAGCAUCUCGAUGUUUCCUCAUCCGAAACAUUAGUCACCUCUAUUACAUCUAAUCAUCAAGUAAGCGAGAAACUACAGAAAUCAUCAAAGACCUCGUGGUGGACAACGGCAAUCACUAUCGCGUAUUUACAGAAUACCGCUACCGCUCAUAAUGACGUAUGGCAAGCACAAUAUAAGCGAGCACGCGAAUAUCUUAGCAAAGAAAUUAACGAUACUCAUCUUGAAGAAGAAAUUUUGAAAGUAACUGAUUCAUACGUUGUGGAAAAAGUCACUCACAAGGCUAUUUCGCAUACAACAGUUAAGGUUCACGAGGAUACGGUAAAAGAGCAAAAGAAACAAAAAGAAAGCGUACUGAAUCUUACAAACGUUGCUGCAAGCGUUGCAGGUCUUGGAAUUGCGGCGGCUGGUGGACUCGCUAUAUGGAAACAUCGGGACCAGCAAAAAGUUGCUUUAUCCGAAGUUCAAGAGAAUACAACCAUCGAAAAAACUAAUACGAUCAUCUCAUCUCAUAAAGAAGACGGUUCAUUCGAAUUGAGCAAAGAAAUAACCGAUCAGCUUGAAAUUUCUUCUGCAGAAAGUUUGGUUGCGUCAAUUCAGCAUCAUCAAUUUAGUGAGCGUCUCAGAAAGUCCGCAAAGAACUCCUGGUGGGUUACUGCCGUUACACUUGCAUACCUUAAAAAUACAUCUUCCGCACACGAAUCUCAAUGGAGAGUUAAAUAUGAGGAAGCGCGUAAAUAUCUCUCUACACAAAUCAAUGAUACACAAUUGGAAGAAGAAAUAUUAAAGGUAUCAGAAACAUAUGUGGUAGAAAAAAUAACUCAGAAAGUUGUGAUCCAAAAAGCAGCGAAAUCGGAAACAACACAACAAGCUGUAAUACAAGAAAUUGCUAAUAAGACAACCGUGGAUACCGCUCAUUCUAUUGUUUCUACUCAUACAUCCAAGGGUUCUUUCGAGUUAAGUCAAGAGAUCUCGAAACAUCUUGAUGUUUCUUCAUCUGAAACUUUAGUUACUUCAAUCUACGAACGCCAUCAAGUCAGUGAAACUCUAAAGAAGACCGCAAAGUCUUCCUGGUGGACGACAGCGAUUACUCUUGCAUACCUUCAAAACGCCGUUAAAGAACAUGAUGCGGUUUGGAAAUCUAAAUACGAAACAUCUUGCAAAUAUCUCCACACUGAAAUCAACGAUGUUAAAUUAGAAGAAGAAAUUUUACAAGUGUCUAAUACUUACGUGGUCGAAAAGCUUACUCACAAAGCUAUUACACAUACAGCCACCCAAGUUCAAAAAGAGCAAUUAUCAGAAAAAAAGAAAACCAAUUAUUUCUCCUUAGAGAAUGUGUCAAAAGCUGCAGCUGGUCUCGGAUUAUUAGCCACAGCAGCUGGAGGCCUGGCACUAUGGAAACACGAAGAGAAACAAAAGGAAGCCUUAAAACAAGCCAAAUCAAAGACUACAGUCGAAACUACCAAAUCUGUUGUUUCUUCUCAAAAAUCUGAUGGCUCUUUUGAACUGAAUAAAGUAGUCGCUGAAGAUCUAGAUAUUACUUCCUCUGAAUCCCUUGUUGAAUCGAUCCAUCACUACGAUGUUAGUGUGGAACUUAAAAAAACCGCUAAGACUUCAUGGUGGACAACUGCAGUUACUCUCGCGUAUCUCAAACAAACCUCAGUACAUACAGCAGAAUGGCAAACACAAUACGAAAUUGCACGAAAAUAUCUUCGCCAAGAAGUUAAUAAUUCGCAAUUAGAAGAAGAAAUUCUCAAGAUUUCCGAAACAUAUGUCGUAGAAAAAGCGACUCAAAAAUUUGUUAUUAAAGAGACGUCGAAAUCAACAGAAGCCCAAAAAGCAGUAAUUAAAGAAAUAGCAUCCAAGACCACUGAAGAAACCACUCAAACGAUAACUUCUGCGCAAAAAACUGACGGAUCUUUUGAAUUAACCAAAGAAGUAUCGGAAAUACUAGAUGUUUCUUCUUCUGAAACUUUGGUAGCUUCAAUUCAGGAACAUCAUAUUAGUGAGAAACUCAAAAAAUCGGCCAAGUCUUCAUGGUGGACAACUGCAGUUACGAUUUCUUAUCUUAAGAAUUUAUCAACUCACGAUGCCAUAUGGAAAUCUAAAUAUGAACAAGCGCGUGAAUAUCUUAGAAGGGAAAUCAAUAAUAUCGCUUUAGAAGAGGAAAUUUUAAAGGUUUCAGAUGAAUACGUCGUUGAAAGAACUACCCAAAAAACUAUCUCCAAGACUGUUACUGGAGUUCAUAAAGAACAGCUCGAAAAAGAAAAGAAAGAAAGCUUUUUCAAUCUUUCCAACAUUGCGAAAUCUACUAUCAGCCUAGGACUAGCUACCGUAGGCGGAGUCGCCCUCUGGAAAUCCUAUGAUAAACAAAAAGAUGUUAUCAGCGAAGUUCAAUCUAAAACAACAAUCGAAACCACUAAAACUAUCACCUCAUCUCAAAAAUCAGACGGAUCCUUUGAACUUAGUAAAGUAGUAUCUGAACAGUUGGAUAUAUCAUCAUCGGAAACCUUAGUAUCUUCUAUUCAUAAAUACGAACUCAGUGAACGCCUAAAACGAACUGGACGCGUCUCAUGGUGGACAACUGCGGUCACUAUUUCCUAUCUUAAACAGGCUGCAUCUCACCACGAAUCUCAAUGGAAACUUAAUUAUGAAGAAGCCCGUAAAUAUCUUCAUCAACAAAUUAAUGAUACACAAUUAGAAGAAGAAAUCCUUAAGAUUUCUGAUACUUAUGUCGUGGAACGUGUUACGCGUAAAGUAGUUGUCAAUCAGGCUGUAAAAUCUAAAGAAACACAACAAACCGUAUUAGAGGAAAUAAGCAAAAAGACAACCGUUGAUACCACUCAAAUUAUUAUUUCUUCACAACAAUCCGAUGGUUCAUUUGAAUUGAACAAAGUGAUCUCGGAUCAUCUUGACGUUUCUUCUUCUGAAACAUUGAUUGCCUCUAUCCAUACCAAGCAUCAAAUAAGCGAGAAACUUGUGCAAUCCGCAAAGUCCUCAUGGUGGACAACUGCUCUUACCAUUGCAUAUCUACAAAACACCGCCACUCCUCAUAAUGCCGUGUGGAAAGAUCAGUAUCAUAAAGCCCGUGAAUAUUUGACCAAAGAAAUUGCUGAUUCUAAACUCGAAGAGGAAAUAUUGCGAGUAACCAAUACUUAUGUCGUCGAGAAAGUUACCCACAAAGCCAUAUAUCAAACUGAGGCCAAGAUUCAAGAAGAACAGCACACCGAGACGCAAAAGCAUAGUAUAUUUAAUCUAUCUAACUUGGCAAAAACAACUGUUGGUCUAGGACUAACAGCAGUUGGUGGUUUAGCUCUCUGGAAAUCGCAUGAAAAACAAACAGAUGCUAUUAAAGAAGUUCAGUCCAAGACCUCAGUUGAAACGGUAACUACAAUCCUCUCCUCUCAAAAACAAGAUGGAUCAUUUGAACUAAAUAAAGUUAUAUCCGAAAAUUUGGAAAUAUCCUCUUCCGAAACCUUGGUUGCUUCGAUUCAUAAACACGAAAUUAGCAAAGAACUUGGAUCUGCUAAGUCUUCCUGGUGGGUUACGGCUGUUACCAUAGGCUAUCUAAAACAAACCUCGUCUCAUCAUGAAGAACACUGGAAAGUUAAAUAUGAGGAAGCCCGCAAAUAUCUUCAUCAACAAAUCAAUAAUUCGAAAUUAGAAGAAGAAAUUCUCAAGGUCUCCGAGACAUAUGUAGUUGAACGAGUCACUCAAAAAGUAGUCGUCAGUCAAGCAGCUAAAUCAGAACAAACACAAAAGACUGUAUUAGAAGAAAUAAGUAAAAAGACCACUAUUGAUACAGCUCAAACUAUCAUUUCGUCUCAACAUUCGGACGGAUCCUUUGAACUAAAUAAAGUAAUCUCUCAACAUCUUGACGUAUCCUCAUCCGAAACAUUGAUUACCUCCAUUAUAUCAUCUCAUCAAGCAAGCGAAAAACUCUGCAAAACAGCCAAGACCUCGUGGUGGAUAACUGCAGUCACUAUUGCAUACUUGCACAACACCGCCACUCCUCAUAAUGCCGUUUGGAAAGCACAGUAUCAUCAAGCUCGCAAAUACCUUACCGAAGAAAUCAAAGAUGCUCAACUCGAAUCAGAAAUUUUGCGAAUUACAAAUACUUAUGUUGUCGAAAAGAUCACUCAUAAAGCCAUCUCUCAUACAGCAGUUAAGAUUCAUGAAGAACAUCUACAUGAGGAAGAAGCUCUUACCGAAAUUCAAUCAAAGACUACCGUAGAAACUACACAAACAAUUAUCUCGUCUCAACGAAAAGAUGGAUCUUUCGAGUUGAGCAGUGUAGUAUCGGAGCAUCUGGAUGUAUCAUCUUCGGAGACUUUAGUCGCGUCUAUUAACCAGCGUGAAUAUAGUGAAAAACUCCGCAAAACAGCCAAGACUUCGUGGUGGACAACUGCAGUGACCCUCGCCUUCUUAAAACAAACCUCUUCUGCUCAUGCAUCUCAUUGGAAAGUGAAAUACGAUGAAGCCCGAAAAUAUCUUAGUCAACAAAUCAAUGACGCAGCAUUAGAGGAUGAAAUAUUAAAAGUAUCUGAGGAAUUUGUAGUUGAAAAAGUAACAGAAACAUCCGUUGUUCAUCAAGCCGCCAAAUCAGAAGAAACACAAAAAACUGUACUAGAAGAAAUUAAGAAAAAGACGACUGUCAAUACUGCACAAGUAAUAAUUUCUUCUCAACAUUCGGAUGGCUCUUUCGAAUUAAAUAAAGUAAUUUCUCGGCAUCUCGACGUAUCCUCGUCCCAAUCAUUGGUUACCUCGAUUAAAACUAAACAUCAAGUUAGCGAUAAACUCGUUCAAACUUCCAAGACUCAGUGGUGGACAACUGCUCUUACUAUCGCAUAUCUACAAAACACUGCUUCUUCUCAUAAUGCCGUGUGGAAAGAUCAGUAUCAUAAAGCCCGUGAAUAUUUGACCAAAGAAAUUAAUGAUUCUAAACUCGAAGAGGAAAUAUUGCGAGUAACCAAUACUUAUGUAGUUCAUAAAGUUACCCAAAAAGCUAUCUCUCACACUGUAACCCAGCAAAACUCAGCUCUUACUCAAAUUCAAUCAAACACCACGGUCGAAACUACGCAAACCAUUAUCUCUUCACAAAAAUCCGAUGGCUCAUUUGAACUAAGCAAUGUUGUAUCAGAACAUCUCGAUGUUUCUUCAUCGGAAACUUUGGUUACUUCUAUCCAUAAACACGAAGUUAGCGAAGCCUUAAAGACAAAAGCAAAGACAUCCUGGUGGACUACUGCGGUCACUCUUGCCUAUCUUAAACAGAUCGCAUCGCAUCACGAAGAACACUGGAAAGUUAAAUAUGAAGAAGCUCGUAGCUAUCUUCAUGAACAAAUUAAUGACAAACAUUUAGAAGAAGAAAUAUUAAAAGUUUCAGAAACAUAUGUUGUUGAAAAAGUAACUCAAAAAGUUGUUACUAAAGAAACUGCGAAAUCAGAAGAAACACAAAAAAUCGUUAUUCAAGAGAUUGCUAAAAAGACUACUGUUGAUACUAUUCAAUCAAUUGUCUCUUCACAACAAUCUAAUGGUUCAUUUGAAUUUAACAAAGUAAUAGCUGACCGUCUUAAUGUAUCUUCAUCCGAAACAUUGGUCGCUAAUAUUCAGAAACAUGGUGUUAGCGAGUCUUUGAAAUCAGCAAAAUCUUCCUGGUGGAUAACUGCCGUUACUGUCGCUUAUCUCAAAAAUACAGCCACUAUUAACGAUUUUGUUUGGCGGUCUAAAUACGAAGAAGCUCGAAAAUAUCUUCACCAAGAAAUUAAUAAUGAGAAAUUGGAAGAAGAAAUUUUGCAGGUUUCAAAUAAUUAUGUUGUCCAAAAGGUGACCGAAACGACUAUCUCAAAUACUGCGGUUAAGUUAGAUGAGCAUCAUUUGGUUGAACAAAAGAAAGAGAAAGAAAGCUUAUUAUCAUUUGAAAAUAUUUAUAAAGCCGCUACUGGACUUGGUUUGGUUAUCGGUGGUAUUGCCAUUUGGAAAACACAUGAUAAACAAAAAGAAGCUCUAACUGAAAUUCAGUCAAAACAAACAAUCAGUACUACUCAAUCAAUCAUUUCAUCGCAGAAAAAAGACGGGUCAUUUGAACUCAGCAAAGUUAUCUCUGACCAUUUGGAAAUCUCCUCUUCUGAAACGCUCGUAGAAUCUAUUCAUCAUUACGAGGUAAGCGAGAAACUUCGAAAAUCCGCUAAGUCUUCCUGGUGGGUUACGGCUGUUACCAUAGGCUAUCUAAAACAAACCUCGUCUCAGCAUGAAGAACACUGGAAAGUUAAAUAUGAGGAAGCCCGUAAAUAUCUUCAUCAACAAAUCAAUGAUACGAAAUUGGAAGAAGAAAUCCUCAAGGUCUCCGAGACAUAUGUGGUUGAACGAGUCACCCAAAAAGUAGUCAUCAGUCGAGCAGCUAAAUCAGAACAAACACAAAAAACUGUAAUUCAAGAAAUCGCUAAAAAGACUACAGUUAAUACCGUUCAAAAUAUUGUUUCCUCUCAAUAUUCUGACGGAUCCUUCACACUGAGUAAAGAAAUUUCGGAGCAUUUUGACGUAUCCUCUUCCGAAACAUUAGUUACUUCGAUCAAAAGCAAACACCAAGUGAGCGAAAAACUCCUCAAAUCUUCCAAGUCUUCGUGGUGGACAACUGCUCUCACUAUUGCAUACCUACAAAAUACCGCAUCUCAUCAUAAUGCCGUCUGGCAAGCACAUUAUCACAGAGCCCGUGAAUAUCUAAAGAAAGAAAUCAACGAUGCUUAUCUUGAAGAGGAAAUCUUGCGAGUUUCUAAUACAUAUGCAACUGAAGAGAUUACUCGCAAGGCUAUCUCUAAGACUGCUGUUAAAGUGAGCGCAAGUCAUGGCCUUGGAUUAACCUCAGGUGGAUUUGCUCUAUGGAAAUCUCAAGACAAACAAAAAGAAGCUCUUGAACAGUCAACAAUUACUAAAGAAACUACACAAUCCAUUAUUUCAUCUCAACGAAAAGACGGAUCAUUCGAAUUAAGCAAAGUAGUUUCGCAGCAACUGGAUGUAUCGUCAUCUGAAACUUUGGUUUCAUCAGUUAGUAAUUAUGAAAUUAGUGAAAAACUUAAAAAGACCGCCAAAUCUUCAUGGUGGACAACAGCAGUUACUCUCGCGUACCUUAAACAAACAGCACACUCUCAUAAAGAAGAAUGGCAACUCAAAUAUGACGAAGCCCUUAAAUAUUUGAGAACCGAAAUCAAUGAUUCACAAUUAGAGGAGGAAAUUCUUAAGGUUUCCGAAACUUAUGUAGUGGAACAAGUUACUCGAAAAGUAGUUGUCAAAGAAGCUACUAAAUCUCAGGAUACUCAAAAGGCUGUAAUUGAACAAGUCCGAUCAAAGACAAAAGUAGAUACAGCUGAAGUAAUCAUCUCCUCUCAAAGAACCGAUGGCUCAUUCGGAUUAAACGAAGUUAUAUCGGAACACCUUGAUGUAUCUUCAUCGGAAACUUUGGUUGCCUCAAUUCAUAAAUAUCAAGUUAGUGAAAAACUCAAGAAAUCUGCCAAAUCUUCCUGGUGGACAACUGCUAUCACUAUUGCAUAUCUUCAAAACACUGCAACUUCUCAUCACUCUGUAUGGAAAACUCAAUACGAGCAAGCUCGAAGGUAUCUAAGCGCUGAAAUCAAGGAUACACAAUUAGAAAAAGAAAUCCUUGAAGUCUCCAAUACAUACGUAGUCGAAAAGAUUACUCACAAAGCAGUGUCCCAGACAUCAGUUCAAGUUCAUCAAGAGCAUCAUGAAGAAGAAAAGAAGGAUAGCAUAUUCAACUUGUCAAACAUCGCAAAUGCCGGUGCCGGUCUUGCUCUAGCUAUUGGUGGAUUUGCUCUCUGGAAAUCUAACGAAAAACAAAAGGACGCAAUUAAUCAGAUUAAAUCUAAGACUAAUGCGAGCACUGCACAAUCAAUCGUCUCUCAUCAAAAAUUAGAUGGAUCUUUCGAGUUGAGUAAGGUCAUUUCCGAGGAUUUGGAUAUCUCUUCUUCGCAAACCUUAGUUGCUUCUAUAUACAAAUAUGAAUUUAGCGAGCAACUUAGAACUAAAUCCCAAUCGUCUUGGUGGACAACUGCCGUCACGCUCGCAUACCUUAAACAAACAUCCACAGCUCACGAAGAACACUGGAGAACAAAAUACGAGGAAGCCCGCAAAUACCUACACCAUCAAAUCAAUGAUGUCCACUUAGAAGAGGAAAUUUUGAAGGUAUCCGAAACUUUCGUUGUGGAACGUAUAACUCAGAAAGUAGUUGUUCACGAAGCUUCGAAAUCAGAAGAAACACAAAAAACGGUAAUUGAAGAGGUCGCUAAAAAGACAACUGUGAAUACUACCGAAGCUGUCGUUUCAUCUCAUAAAACCGACGGUUCAUUCGAACUAAGUCAAGAAGUAUCGAAGCAUCUUGGAGUUUCUUCAUCUGAAACUCUAGUUUCUUCUAUUUAUCAACAUCAUCAAGUAAGCGAGACUCUUAAAAAGACUUCCAAGACUUCCUGGUGGACAACAGCUGUCACUAUCUCAUAUCUUCAACAUGUUGCUACAGCUCAUGACUCAGUAUGGAAAACCAAAUAUGAUGAAGCUCGCAAAUAUCUCACUACUCAAAUUAACGACGCUAAAUUAGAAGAAGAAAUCUUGCAAAUUUCGAAUAAAUAUGUCGUCGAAAAAGUCACUAAAACUGCUAUUUCACAUACUGCUGUUAAAGUUAAUGAAGAGCAUAUUCAGGAACAAAAGAAAGACUCUAUCUUCGAUAUAUCAAAGGUCGCAAAGACAGCUGUUGCUGGCCUCGGAUUAAUAGGUGGAAUCGCUUUCUGGAAACAGGAAGACAAACAAAAGGAAGCAUUGACAGAAAUACAAAAGGAAACAACAAUCGAUACUAUAAACACAGUUAUCUCAACACAACAAUCGAAUGGAUCUUUCGAAUUAAGUGAAGUGCUCUCUGAACAUCUGGAUGUUUCUUCGUCUGAAACUUUAGUUUCCUCUAUUCAACAUCAAGAAUUUAGCGAGAAACUUCGAAAAUCCGCAAAGACCUCUUGGUGGACAACUGCCGUUACUCUUGCCUACCUUAAGCAGACUUCAACUCACCAUGAAGAACACUGGAAAGUUAAACACGAAGAAGCUCGUAAAUAUCUUCAUCAACAAAUUAACGACACCCAACUAGAAGAAGAAAUCCUCAAGGUUUCCGAGACCUAUGUUGCCGAAAGAAUUACUCGUAAAGUAGUGGUAAAUAAAGUAGUUAAAUCUAAAGAAACGCAAAAUACCGUAUUAGAAGCAAUCAAGAAAACGAGUUCUAAUUCUACCGCUCAAACUAUUUUCUCUUCGCAACAUUCGGAUGGUUCUUUCGAAUUGAAUAAAUUAGUCUCUCAGCAUCUUGAAAUAUCCUCAUCCGAAGCAUUGAUUACCUCUAUCAAGACCAAGCAUCAAGUUAGUGAUAAUCUCGUGCAAAAGGCCAAGUCUCAGUGGUGGAUAACUGCUCUUACUAUCGCAUAUCUACAAAAUACCGCCACUCCUCAUAAUGCCGAAUGGAAAGAUCAGUAUCAUAAAGCCCGUGAAUAUUUGACCAAAGCAAUUAAUGAUACUAAACUUGAAGAAGAAAUCUUGCGAGUAACCAAUACUUAUGUCAUCGAGAAAGUUACCCACAAAGCCAUAUAUCAAACUAUGAUUAAAGUCCAUAAUGAACAAGAGAAAGAUAAGAAAAGUCUUUUCAACGUAUCCGACAUUACGAAAGCGGCGUCUGGCCUUGGAUUAGCAUUGGGCGGACUUGCUCUCUGGAAAUCUCGAGACAAGCAAGAAGCAGCUCUUACAGAAGUCAAAUCACAAACUACUGUUGACACUACGCAAUCGAUUAUCUCAACUCAACAAACAGAUGGUUCUUUCACAUUGAGUAAAGAAAUUUCCGAACACCUCGAUAUUUCAUCAUCUGAAACUUUGAUUACUGCUAUUUAUAAUUAUCAAAUAAGCGAGAAACUCAGAAAAUCCGCAAAGACCUCUUGGUGGACAACUGCAGUCACUCUCUCCUAUCUUAAACAUGUAUCUUCCGCUCACGAGGUACACUGGAAAUCUAAGUACGAAGAGGCUCGUAAAUAUCUAAGCCUUCAAGUUCAAGAUACUAAAUUGGAAGAAGAAAUUUUAAAGGUUUCCGAGACCUAUGUAAUUGAAAGAAUUACCCGUAAAGUAGUCGUCCGUCAGGCCGCAAGUUCUCAAGAUACACAAAAGAACGUAAUUAAAGCAGUCGCCGACAAAACUACCGUCGAUACUGCUCAAACCAUCAUUACUCAUCAACAAACCAAUGGCGCUUUCGAAUUAAGUAAAGAAGUAUCCGAGUCUCUUGGUGUCUCCUCCUCUGAAUCUUUAGUUACCUCCAUACAUAAACAUCAAAUUAGCGACAGGUUAAGAAGAUCUGCUAAAACUUCCUGGUGGACUACCGCAGUUACACUCGCGUACUUGAAAACCACGGCUACUGCUCAUGAUUCGGUUUGGAAAGCUAAAUGUGAACAGGCGCGUCAAUAUCUUCGACAAGAAAUUAACGAUGCCACGUUAGAAGAAGAAAUAUUACAGGUGUCCGAAAAAUAUGUAGUUCUAACGGUGACCGAAACUGCUGUUUCUCAUACUGCUGUCGCAGUCCAUCAAGAACAUCUCGAAGAGGAAAAGAAAGAAAAAGAGAAGGACAGCAUCUUUAAUCUAUCGAAUAUUACUAAAGGAGUCGCCGGUAUUGGCCUAGCAAUCGGAGGUGUUGCUCUCUGGAAAUCUCAUGAAAAACAGAAAGAAGCAAUCACCAAGGCUCAAUCAGAUACUACAAUUGAAAAGACAAAUACUAUUAUCUCGACUCAACAAACAGAUGGCUCCUUCCAGCUCAGUCAGGAAAUAUCCAAACAUCUUGAAGUUUCCACUUCUGAAACAUUAGUCGCCUCGAUCUCUAAAUAUGAUAUUAGCGAAACCUUAAAGACAAAAGCAAAGACAUCCUGGUGGAUAACUGCAGUCACUCUCGCCUAUCUCAAGAAUAUUUCCUCCGCCCACGAACAACACUGGAAAGUCAAAUAUGAAGAAGCUCGUAAAUAUCUUCAUCAACAAAUCAACGAUACAAAAUUGGAAGAAGAAAUUCUUAAAGUUUCCGAGACUUACGUAGUAGAAAGGGUUACUCGUAAAGUAAUAGUUAACGAUGCGGUGAAAUCCGAAGACACACAAAAAACUGUAAUUCAAGAGGUAUCGAAGAAAACUACAAUUACAACUACCGAAACGAUUGUCUCGUCGCAAAAAACCAACGGUUCCUUCGAAUUAAAUAAAGUAAUUUCCGAUCAUCUUGGCGUUUCUUCUUCUGAAACUUUGGUUUCCUCAAUUCAUAAAUAUAAAGUCAGUGAAACUCUCAAGAAAUCCGCCAAGCAUUCCUGGUGGACAACAGCAGUUACAAUCUCAUAUCUCAAAAACACAGCAUCGACCCAUGAGCACAUUUGGAAAGAGAAGUAUGAAGCAGCUCGUAAAUACCUUAGCAGUGAAAUCAAAAAUGCUGAAUUAGAAGAAGAAAUCUUGCGGGUCUCCGACACUUAUGUAGUCGAAACAAUUACCCAAAAAGCUGUCAAUGAAACUGCGACUAAAGUUCAUGAAGAAACAACCCUAAAAGAAAAAGGAUCAUCUUUUGUAUCUAAAAUAGCCCUAGGAAUUACCAAAGCCGCUACCGAUGCCAAGGAUGCAGCUACCAAAGUUGCGGAGGGAACUAUUUCUACAAUUUCCAACACCGGCGAAGCUAUUCAACAACAAGCACAGACAGUUGCCAAAGAAAUAGGACAAACUACUGUUUCAAUCAAAGAUAAUAUCAUACAUACAAGUGCAGGCGGAACUACUGCUGGACUUGCUGGACUUGCUGGAAUCGGAGUUGCUGCCAGUGGUGUUGCUCUUUGGCAUUACAACAAGAAACAAAAAGAAACCCUCUCAGAAAUCCAAGCCACAACUACAGUCGAUACUACUCAAAAGGUCAUUAGUUCUCAACGAACCGACGGAUCCUUUGAACUAAAUCACGUUAUAGCCGAACAAAUUGAUAUUUCUUCCACGGAAACAUUAGUCGCCUCGAUCCAUGAAUCUCAUCAAUUUAGCGAGAGACUUCGAGCAUCAUCCAGAACUUCUUGGUGGUCCACUGCCGUUACUCUUGCUUACCUUAAACACGUUGCCUCAGGUCAUGAAGAGCAUUGGCGUGAAAAGUAUGAACGUGCCCGAAAAUAUCUUCACACUGAAAUUAAUGAUGUUCAAUUAGAAGAAGAAGUUAUUCAAGUUUCCGAAAAAUAUGUCAUCGAAAGAACUACCCGAAAGAAGAUUAUAAUUGAAGCUGCCAAGGAGAAAGAUACACAAAGAAAAGUAAUUGAAGAGGUUGCUAAACAUACAUCGACUGAAGAUACCCAAAAUAUCAUCUCAUCUCAUCAAACCGACGGUUCCUUCGAACUUACUCAAGAACUAUCAAAGACCCUCGAUAUUUCUUCCUCUGAAACUUUAAUUUCGUCCAUUCAUCAGCAUUCUCAAAUCAGUGAAAACCUUAAGAAAUCCGCGAAGACUUCCUGGUGGAUAACUGCGAUUACUAUCGCAUACCUUCAAAAUAUUUCUACAGCUCAUGAUUCUGUAUGGAAAGAAAAAUAUGAAAAAGCACACAAGUAUCUUAGCACUCAAAUUAAUGAUACUAAAUUGGAAGAGGAAAUCUUGCAGGUCUCCAAUACAUACGUAGUCGAAAGAAUCACCCAUAAAACUAUUUCUCAUAACACAGUCGCCCAUAAAGAUAAAGUCCGUAAAAUCUAUUCUCACGAAGAACAAAUGGUAAUUUUAGCUCAACUCCAAAAGGAAUUUCCUGUUGACUUAGCUCGUGAAAUAGUCUCUGGACAAAAAGAAGACGGUUCUUUUGAACUUAGUGGUUCUGUCUCUCAAACAAUUGAUAUCCAGGAUGAAACUUUGACCGACUCGAUUGAAGUGUACGAAGUCAGUGAGAAACUUAAACAAGCUGCCAAGCCAACUUGGUGGAAAACGGCAAUCACCCUUGCCUUCCUAAAGAACACGGCCGUUGCUCACGAUUCCGUAUGGAAAUCUCAAUAUGAACAAGCUCGUAAAUAUCUCAGGAACGAAAUUCAAGACGAAAGAUUGGAAGAAGAAAUCCUUCAGAUUUCCGACAAAUUAGUCAUUGAAAGAGUCACUUCAAACACACGUCAAGUUCAAGUUCAUACUACAAUACUCGAUUCCGAACUCCUUGUUGUUGGCGCAUCUUAUGAAGCUCUCCGUAAAUAUCGGUGCAGCCGCUCUAAAACUACUAUAGUUAAACCACAUGAUCCUAUCGAAGCUCAUAAACAAGUUGAAAAGACUGCUAGGGAAGAAAUCGAUCGCAUAUUCACAAGCAAAAAUAUUGUUGGUGAUAAUGAAGAACUUAAGAGGCGUGCAGUUGUUGCCGCUCGUUUCCUUAUCGAUGAAUAUUACAAAGAUAACGAUUGGGCAUGA